AUGUGCGGGCAGGAGUAUCACACGAGGAGUUGGUGGAGGCCACAGAAAGAUCCAGUAGAAGCUAAAGAGGAACUUGAACUGGGCAAUCCCUUGACCCCAAUCCAGUUCUCCUGUGUGUGGAGAUUGAAUGAGCAGGACCACCACAUGGAUCAGUUUGCCAUAGCAUUACAGACGCUCCUGAUUUGCACUGCUCACCUGGAUCCUUCCACUGUGGCUGUUCCGGUACAACAGAUGGGGCAGGCCGUCCCUGCUGCUGCUGCUCCAGUUUCUGUGCAGGCACCUGCCUCGAAUAUUACCUCUGUAAGAGAGAACAACGCAUACCCAGAUUAUACUACCAUUCCUGUGGAUGAGAAGUUAUCUGCAGAUGUAAACAAGAUGUCCAACGUCAGCAGUGAAAUGGAACCAACAAAGUUUUUCAGGCUUGAGCAUUUGUUCACCAUCCUGGUUUUAUCGCUCACUGCUCUCUUGGGUGUCCCUGGCAAUGCUCUGGUGCUUUGGGUUACUGGAGUGAAGAUGGAGCGGACCGUGACCACCAUUUGGUUUGGGAACCUUGCUCUGGCCGAUAUCAUGUGCUGCUUGUGUCUUCCAUUCAUUGUAGCGCAGUUCUUCUACCGAGAAUGGCUGUACGGUCCUGUCCUCUGCAAGAUUUUACCCUUCAUCGUUCCCCUUAACAUGUAUACCAGUGUCUUCACCCUGGUGGCUAUCAGCGCUGACCGAUGGAUUCUGGUUGUCCAUCCCGUGUGGGCCCGAAAUCACCGAAGAAUCAAAAUGGCGUGGAUGAUAUGCUUGGCUAUUUGGAUGUUGUCCUUCGUGGUGUGUCUACCUGUCGCCAUUAACAAAAAAUAUCACUAUAACUACACCAUAUGUUAUUCAGAUUAUUACAUGUUAAAGCCUAUCAACCUCACAUGUGCAAUUUUCGGAUUUCUGAUCCCUCUUAUUAUCAUUUGUAUCUGUUACAUCCAUCUGGCUUUUAAAGCACAAAAUAUCAGAUGUUCUGCAGUAGGUAGAAAAAUCACCAAGAUGGCAAUAAGUAUUAUUGUCUGGUUUUUCAUCACCUGGGCCCCCUUCCACAUCAUAAGAGUAACCAUACUAUACACUUACAAUGAAGUAGUGAGCAUCCUCGACCUUCUGGCACUGUCUCUGGCCAUGUUCAAUAGUUGUGUCAACCCAAUACUCUACGUCUUCAUGGGGAAAGAUAUGAAGCAGAAGUUGAGACAGUCUAUUGGCGAGCUCAUGCAAAAUAUAUUAAGGGAGAACGUAUUAUCCCCACCAUGCAGUGAGGACCAGCGCCCGCCAGAAGAAGAAGAAAGCCUCCCGCUCUAAUGUAUGGAAUGGAUUUGUAGAUUUUUUCAAGUUUUUAGCUUUAUUAGUGAUGGU